ACGACACAGUGUCUCAAACAAACUAUAAAUAUGAAUUUGGUCCAAUCUAGUUCGGCAUAUACUAGAAUAAAUUAUUUGCCAACUGGUAUGUCAUUAAGUCGCUCUUGAGUAACGAAAAUGUAUUAUACCACCAAAAGGAAAUCGGUCUUCCCCCACUGCCUCUCGCGUACAAAACAUUCGUCAUAUUUUAUACGUAAGAAACCAAAUUCCUAUGGCAAAUGUGUGGAAACGCUCAUUCCAAACCGGACCAAAGGACACAUAAACAUCCAAUUUCAACCAGUCUAUUUAAAAAUUUACACUCUUCUGUUUGGCUAAAUGUGGGUUUACACUAUUAUAUUUGUCAUACAAUUUCUCAUAUGAUAACUAAUAAGCAAUUGAAUUUGUGUUUACACUAUACUAUUUUCGGUAUUAUUGCGACAAAUCAUAAGGAAAUAAUAUGUAAAUCAAACAAUAGAGACGGGUCUAUUCUGCAUGACAAAUUACGUGAUAUUUUUAAAUAUCCCGCCUUUUCUUGGGUAUGAGUGGUAAACUUUGCAUGAUUUACUACUUGACAGCGUUUGUGUUCUUUCUAACCUCUAUUAACUGCUGUAUAGUUGUAUUUGUUAUUAGAAAUUUGUUAAAAUAAUCAUUUUUGUGCAAGCUAGCCCUACAGCUAUAACGAGUAAAUUUGUGUAAAAUUUAGUAAUGGAAAGCCAUGGCAACACUAUUACGUACACUUUCCCAUGGCAGGCCACAAUUGACAGAAGGAAUUUAGAAAUUAUACCGAGCUCUUGGUUUCUUUUUUCUAACCAUUUUCGCGUCCAAACCUGGCGUGACUUCUGCUUGCGGGUAUUUUGAAGUUUUUUUCAUUUUAAAACAAUGCCAAUGAUAAAAUGGAAAUUUGGCAUUGUUAUUCGAGAAGGGAAGUGAUAACAGAUGGCGCUACCACAAAACAAAAUGGGCGGUGUAAACGGGGUUAAAUUGUGUUUUGUAUGUAUCGUAUCAUAUCCAGUGAAACACUAAGGAACACAACAAUAAUUCUUGCUCUUAUUUUUUUUUAAAGAGGACGAAUUUAGCGUACAUUCAGCCAUAAUGCUUAUUAUUUAUCCUGUUUAGGUUAGUUACAUAUUUCUCCGCCACGUGUCGCGUCGAUCUCUCCCCUUCUCGAAUAAGAUCUUCCAUUACGUUAUUUAUCUGUGGUAACGUCAAUCAAUUUAUAGGUUAGGAAUAUGUCGGUUUAUUUUUGUCACAAGUAAAUAAUAUGAAAAAUCAUUCAAGUGUAAAGUAAAAACACUGCGAUCAUACAGAAAAUAAGUUUGCCCUUAAAUAUCAUAUUAGACAUAUAUAAAAUUAAUAUAUAAAUAUAUAUAAUAAAUCAUAUGACAAAUAUUAUAGUGUAAAACCACCUUAAAGGAAAACAAACGAUGAAGGGUGAGCUAUGAACCCACCUUUACGGUUAGCGGUACUUGAGCUACAGCCAAAGUUUUUCUACGGUACGUCAAAGCAAUAGACCCCUAAGAAUUUGUAUUUAAUUAAUACGAAACUUUAUUGUUGAUAAACAAAAACGUAAUAUCUGGAGAACGUUAUUGAUACUAGAUAUGGACGGAAAAGAUGUCGCCCCUCUCAUUAAAAUUGAACCAAAACAAGAAGAAGAAAUCCAUUACGAUCUUCAAGGAACCAUUUUACUAAGCAACGAAGCAUUGGUUACAAUAAAGGACGAAAUUACCAUUACUGCACAGUGUUCCAAAUUGUUUGAUAAUGAAGAAGUACCACAACAAACUGAUUGUGAGUGGAAUAUUAAAACUGAAAUUACGACUGAUUGUGAAUGUGACUUCGGUCAACACACAACAAAUAGCUUUCACUGUGCUCAUUGUGGUUAUGGUUAUGGAACAAGAAAUAAACAAAUGGUUCAACAGCACAUGCUACAAUGUGCUAAUCGUGAUUACAAGACCAGUAACAGAAACCACUUUAAACGAGACCUCUUAGAACAUACCUAUUCUAAAUAUUUUAAAUGUGCUAAUUGUGAUUAUGUGACAAAUUACAAAUCUCAUUUGAAACAGCACCUUUUACAACAUGCCGAUUCUAAAGAAUUUAAAUGUUCUAAUUGUGAUUACGAGACAAAGGAGAAAUCCAACUUGAAACGACACUAUUUAACACAUACCAAUUCUAAAGAAUUUAAAUGUGCUAGAUGUGAUUAUGAAACAAAUAACAAAUACUACUUUAAACAACACCUUUUAAAAUACACCGAUUCUAAAGAUUUUAUAUGUGCUAAUUGUGAUUACAAGACAAAUAACAAAUACGGCUUUAAACGACACCUCUUAACUCAUACCGAUUCUAAAGAAUUUAAAUGUGCUAGAUGUGAUUACAAGACAAAUAACAAGUACAACUUUAAACGACACCUCUCAAAAUAUACCGUUUCUAAAUAUUUCAAAUGUGCCAAUUGUGAUUACGAAACAAACGACAAGUCCAACUUGAGACGACACCUUUUAAAGUAUACCGAUUCUAAAAAAUUUAAAUGUGCUAAUUGCGAUUAUGAGACAAAUGACAAACAACACAUUCAACGACACCUUUUAACACACACCAAUUGGAAACAAUUUAAAUGUGCUAAUUGUGAUUAUGAGACACAUCACAAAUCCUGUCUUAAACUACACCUUUUAAAACAUAGUGUCUAACUAAUUGUGAUUAUGUACUAAACGACACCUUUUAAGGGACCGAAUUAAAUAAAUAAAUAUAUUUGUUAUGUUUGUGGUGACAACCCUAGUGUUUUAGUUUAUGAGAGUGAAUAAACCAGUACUUCCAGUGGCGGCUCGUCAGGUGAGGCAAGUGAGGCUGAGCCUCACUUCCAAAUUUGUCAGUUUAGCUACAUUAUACAUCAAGCAUUCGCAAAAUAAUAAAUUAUUACAAGAAUUCUUAAAAUUCUUUACAAUACCUUGUAAAUUACUGAAAUAGUGUAAAUUAAGUCAACGUUAAGCUCAAAUUUCAGAGCUUAAUAUGUUUCAUUCUUAGCGUGUGCUGCAGUGUUAAAUCUCCUGAUCAUACUUUACGCGCUCAUGAAGCUC